GUCGAUACCAAUCAAUAAAAAUGGCUGGCGGUAGAAACAUGUCAUUUCAAAAUUUUGAAAAAUGUGAUAAACCAAGUGAUCCACAAUAGCUUAGGACAGUUUAAAUUUGGCGCUUAAAAUAUUUAGUGUUUUUUGCUUAAGGCAUUGACAAACAUGUUUAGAAAGUAGUUUAUUUAUGCAGUAAUCGCCAUCCAUUGGCAGCGUUUUAUGCGAAUUUUAAUUUUGUUAUCUACGUACGGCGAGCCAUGCGUUUUAAAGCAAACAGUUCUUUUUAAAGGUCUUUGCAUCUGCCACAUUUUUGAAAGGUUUUAAAGGGGAUGGCUUUUGAUUCCUUUGAUUCUAAAGGCACAUACGUUUAGAAGAUGCUCAUAUUCCACUUGGUUGUGUUUACUGCAAUUCAAUGAAAGAGAAUGUUGCAUCAAUUUGCAAAUUAUCUAAUCAACCUGCAAGAGGGUUCACUUUGCGCACAACAUUGUCUAAACGCGCUUCUUCAAGGAGCCUAUUUCACACCUGUGGAUCUGAGCACACUGGCACAGCGGCUGGAUGAAGAGGAACGGAUAUGUAUGGCGGAGUGUGGCGAAGAAAGUGAAGAGUAUCAAAGAUUUCUUCAGCAGGCGUCGGGCAACAUGGACGAUAGCGGUUAUUUUUCUAUUCAAGUAAUUAGUAGUGCUUUAGAGGUGUGGGGACUAGAACUCGUGCCUUAUUUGAGUACAGAUUCAAGAGUACAAACAGAUCCAACAACAAUGCAAGCCUUCAUAUGUAAUCACAAAGAUCACUGGUUUACAAUUCGACGGAUUGGCGAUCAGUGGUUUAAUUUAAAUUCUCUACUUCCGAUGCCCGAAUUAAUUUCGAAUACGCAUUUAUCGCUAAUUCUGGCUCAGUUAAGAAAUGACGGUUACUCAAUAUUCGUUGUUUUCGGACAAUUACCCGACUGUGAUGCCGAUCAAGUAUUAAGAAUGCGACCGGUCCAAUCGAUCAAUCGAAGAGUGAUCCCUGUGCAAACAGUUACGGAUGAGUACGACCAGGACCUUCAAAAUGCCAUCAAGUUGAGUUUAAACGAUGACUCGGACGAAUUAGAAAAGGCUCUGCAAUUCAGUCUUUGUGAGACUCCCCCGACUGAGCAAGAGGACGACGAGGAAGCCCAACUGCGCAAGGCGAUACAAAUGAGCCUAGAGUGUAAGUCGCGAACGCCCUCGACACCAUCGAGUCCCUGUGAUCCUGAUGAAAUUAGAAAUAGAAGAUUAGCAUAUCUCGCUAGACAACAAAAUUUAGAAUCGUAGUGGAGAAUCGAAUGCGUGUGCGUGUUAUCUUACUAACUAUAAUAGGAGUUUAUUACAGACGUGGGGUUUUUGUAUAUACCUGUUUUAUAUUUAUUAUACUUGGAAGAUUGUAUAUAUUCCCCUAGUUAAGUAAAUUUGUACAUAAUAUGAAACACUAAUUUAUUAUAUAACUAUUCUCUCUUUUUCAACUUAUUAAUAAAUUUGUUAUGUUUGUGUA